CUCGACACUGACUGAUACUCGACUUGCCCAGUUGUCAACUCGAAAAUAGAAUUGAUUUGUAUGUAACUGGAUGCCAUUAGAAAAUAAACAAAAAUAAUAAAAUUAUCAAAUUAUUGUCAAAAGCUGUCUUCGUUUGAAAUAUAUUUAUUGUUAAAAAUUACAAUUCGUCCCAGUUCUCAAUUGGUAAUACAGUUAAAUUUGGAGGAGCAUCUUGAUGUUCAAGAAUAUGUUAAUAGUAUAGUAUAAUAGUUCCAGUUAUAAAAAAAUGGAACUGUCUCACAGUCUUACAUUAAAUGAGGAAGCUCUCGCACAGCUAUCAGAUGCUAAGAAACCUGUGUUUAUAUUUGAAUGGCUAAGAUAUUUGGACAAAGUCUUGGUGGCAGCACAUAAGAAUGAUGUCAAAGGGUGCCAAAAACAAUUGGUACAACAGCUAAUGAAUCAUAUUCAGGAAUCUCCUGGCCCUCCAACACGUCAAUUAAUUGCAAGAUGUCUCGCCACUUUGUUUUCUGUUGGAGAUGCAUUUCUUCUAUUUGAUACUGUCAACCAAUGCAAUGAUAUUUUGAAAAACAAAGACGAUAGUCCCAGUUUUUUGCCUACAAGACUGGCUGCAAUAUGUUGCGUAGGUACCAUGUAUGAAAAACUGGGUAGGAUGAUGGGUAGAUCCUAUGAAGAAACAGUGCAGAUUUUAGUGCGAUCUCUUAGAAGUGCUGAAUCUCAGACAAGAAUAGAAAUAAUGCUCACUUUGGAGAAAGUAUGUUCUGGCAUGGGUACUGCUGCAAUGAAUAUUCACAAAGACAUAUACAAAGCAUCAAGACCAUGCCUAGUUGACCGCAAUAUGGCAGUAAGGUGCGCCGCAUCAAAAUGCCUUUUGGAACUUCUAAAGCACGCUCCCUUCCUCCAUGGUCCUGAGCUGGAAAGCUUAGCUUCCCUAUGUUUUCGGGCUUUCGACGGAUCCAAUUAUGAGGUUAGAUGUUCAGUAGCACGACUGCUGGGAACUCUAGUAGCUACUACCCAGCAAAAUGUUAAGGAAACUACAGGAAAAAAUGUUCAACCAGCCAACAAAAAUUUGAAAGUUUUCUCACUUGAUGAAGCAAUGGGAAUAUUAAUGUCUGGCUUUCUACGUGGAGGUGUUGGAUUUUUAAAGGGGACCGGAGAGAUUAUUAAAGGAAGUUCUGGAGUAAACAGAGAAGUUAGAGUUGGAGUGACGCAUGCAUAUGUGACAUUUGUCCAAAUUCUAGGAAGCUCAUGGCUAGAAAAGAAUAUGAAAGCAUUCUUGUCACAUGUUCUGUAUCUUGUGGCAAAUCCAAAAGCAGCUUCCUCACACGUUGAUGCCGUUUAUUCUCGCAAAUGUAUAAACUUCAUUUUAAGAUGCGUUUUUGGAAAAAUGUUUGGUGAAAAAGCACAGAUCACAGCCUGCAAACAAAUUGCCCAAAUUAUUUCAAAAGAAAUGAAUAGCAUUGAUUUCAAUCCAGAAAAUGCCAAAGAGUUUAACCAAGAAACCUUGUUCAGUCAGCAUCUUUUGGUUUGUGCCCUACAGGAAAUUGGAAGCCUGAUUCUUAGUUUAGGAACUACAGCUUAUGAUCUAAUUACUGAUCAAUCUCUAAAUGUGAUUGAUGUUACCAUGAGUGUCUUGAUCCAUCCAUGUCAAGCUGCAAGGUUAGCAGCUGCAUGGUGUCUUCGAUGUAUUUGUGUAGCUGUUCCAAGUCAAAUAUCACCCCUUAUUGAUCGAUGUGUUGCUGGUCUUGAACAGUACCGUACAUCUCCAGAAGCAAUUUCAGGAUAUAGUUCAGCCCUAGCAGCUGUUCUUGGUGGUGUGAAAUUAUCCCCCCUGGGUGUACCCCAUACCAAAGGAAAAAUUAUAUUUAACACUGCGGAAGAAUUGUUGCGCAGCGCUAGCCAAAACAGUCGUUUAUCACUUGCAAGAACUAGCGCUGGUUGGCUGUUAGUAGGCGCAGUAGCUGCUUUAGGGACCGCAGCUUCACGCCCGCUUCUUCCAAGAAUGCUUUUGUUGUGGCGCAAUGCCUUUCCGCGUUCCGCCAAAGAAUUGGAGUCAGAAAAGGCAAGGGGAGAUGUUUUCACUUGGCAAGUGGCAUUAGAGGGACGAGCUGGUGCUCUAGCUGCAAUGCAUAGUCUCCUAUUGCAUUGUCCAACUUUAGCUUCUGGAGAAGAUGCUGGAAGGAGGCUUCUCCAACCCGUUGAGGCCGCUUUAGCUAUGCUUACAAGCUUAUCUGGAGUUCUAAAAACCUAUGGACAACAAUUGAAAGCUCCUGCAGCGAUGGUUCGAUUGCGUCUUUGUGAAACCUUGUUGCUAUUAUCACCUCAUUCGUAUGAAAGCUCCUAUACUCAUCUAUUGAGGAUGCUAGUAGCUGAGUUCACUUUGACUGAAAAUCCUGCAAAUACCACUACAUCUCAAUUGAAGGCAGUUUGUCAUGCGGAUGAUGCUAUAUUAUUGGGAACUUGGCUUCAAGAAACCGAUCAUGGAACUAUUGAAGAUCAAAUGGAAACUAAUCGUAAAGGUGAUGGUGAUCAUCUUCAAACUCAUAGCGCAGCAGGAUCCGGAGCGCUCGAACAUGACCCCUGUUGUUUGUUUAGAGCAGGAGCUGGAGAAGAUCCUCCUGGUCCCCUACCUUUAGGAGUUGCUGUUAUCGACGCUGCAGUGUUACUUUUUGGACAACUGUUUUCCCGAUUAACUCAGCGUCAUCGUACUCAAACUUUGGAUCAUUUUGCUGAAUGUGUUAAAGCUGCAAGAAGUACUCGUCAAGAAGCCGUUCAAUUGAAUGCUUUUGCUGCAUUAUUAUGUGGUUUACGAAGCCUGGCAGCUGCAAAGGCAUCAUUAAGUCCAGAUGAAGCAAAGCGAGCUGCAGCAUUAGCCUCAAGCGCACUAGCAGCCCCUGGAGGUCCAGCAGUGCUAAGAGCAGCUGGUGCAGAAACUUUAGGAAGACUCGCUCGUGCUUUAGCAGAUCCUCGCUUCACAGCUGAUCUUAUAUCAGCUAGCAUUGAGCGUUUAAAGACCGCCCGAGAUGCGGCUUCACGAACAGGACACUCAUUGGCUUUAGGGGCUUUGCAUAGACAUGUUGGCGGUCUUGGAGCGGCCAGAUUGAUGCAGACAAGCGUAUCUAUACUAUUGGCUCUAGCGCAAGAUCGUGCAUCUGCUGCAGUACAAGCUUGGGCUUUACAUGCCUUAAGACUUUGUGCUGAUGCCGGAGGGCCAAUGUUUAAAGGAUUUGUGGAACCAGCACUAGCUGCUGCUCUAAGGUUACUGUUGGAAACGCCACCUGCUUCUGUUGACGUGUAUAGAUGUGUUGGCAAACUUUUGUCUUCACUUAUCACCACUAUAGGGCCGGAAUUACAGGGUAACACAUCAACAAUUUGCGUGGCACGAUCAUCAUUCUUGUGUGCCUGUGCAGUAUUACAAGGACAUCCUGAACCAGUAGUUCAAGCAGAGGCUACAGCGUGUUUGCAACAGUUACACUUGUUCGCCCCCAAACAUGUUAAUCUGUCAUCUUUAGUUCCGACUCUGUGUAAAGCCUUAUCAAGUGAUCAUUUGCUGCUGAGGAAAGCCGCUAUUUCAUGUUUAAGACAACUAGCUCAACGUGAAGCCAAAGAGAUCUGUGAUCUUGCCGCCACUUUGGCUAGUGAAGGACCAACUGUAGAAGGUUUAAUAAUCACAGAAACUGGUUUACCAGGUGUCUUCUUCGGUUUACUAGAUACUGAAACCGAUCCAGGACUGAUUAAAGAUAUCCACGACACAAUCAUAAGUAUGUUGCAAGUUUUGGCAACUGGUCAAUUAGCUCAAUGGCUUGGAUUAUGUAAAGACGUGUUAACUGUGGCCUCUGAACCAGGAGAAGAUCCUCGUGGUCUUGAUGCUCCCGAAGAUGAUGAUCAGGAACAAUUCCACGCUGAAGAGGAAAACCAGCGUGCUGUUCAGCCAAGAUGGCCAACUCGAGUAUUUGCUGCUGAGUGCGCCAGAAGAGUGCUGGGAGCUUGUACUGCCAAGCGUUUAACUUCACAGCUACCAGAUUUAAUUCGCAUGGCAUUUGUAGCUGCUACAAGUGAUUCCGAUCCACUCAGAUUGGAAGGACUUAAAAUGCUUCGGGAGAUUAUUGAUAAAUUUGCUACAGAACCGGAACCAGAAUUUCCAGGUCAUCUAUUAUUGGAACAAUUCCAGGCGCAAGUUAGUGCCGCGUUAAGACCAGCUUUUGCAGGAGAUACAGCACCUCAUGUAACAGCAGCUGCCUGUGAAGCAUGUUCUGCAUGGAUAGGUGCUCGAGUAGCUAGAGAUGCCGCUGAUUUGCGACGUGUUCAUCAGUUAAUGGUUUCAUCUCUUACCAAAUUAGGAAAACCAUCAGCUGCCGCAACUCUACUUUAUAAUGAAGCUAUGUUAACUCUGGAAAGAUUGGCAAUACUUAGAGCAUGGGCAGAAGUUUAUGCUGUUGCCGCAGGUGCCAGAGGUCCACCUGAUUCAGGCCUACUAGAACUCGUUAAGCCUCAACUUGCUACUCUAUCGCGACAUUGGUUAAAUGCUUUGAGAGACAGAGCUUUAUUAGCAUUACCUCCUGAAUUUGCAGGACAAUUGCCUCAUGAUGGUGGAGCAUUUUACACAGCAGAAACUGCAGAAGCUGCUAGAACGCAUUAUGCAGCCUCCUGGCCGCCAAUUUUACUGGCAGCAGCUUUAUGGGUUUCGCAACCAGCCAAUAUAACAAUAGCUACAGAAGAUGAACCAAAUAACAAUCCAGCUCCUGACGAUCAUUUCCGAUUACUCUUUGGUACUUGUAUUGAAGCGUUGUGUGGACCUAGAGGCACUGAAUCUCCAGAAAUCGUAGAUACUUGUCUAAGGGCUUUAAGGGGGAUACUGGAAGUGGCUAAAGCUAGAGAAUUAUUGCUAGAAGACUCCGGGCUUAUUGUUGAACUAUGUAACGUAUUGCAUAGGUUGGUUUUGACAUUGGACUCUUCAGAUUGUCAGUUGUUGUGCAUGGAGGUAUUACAACGAGUAUUGAGAGCUGCUACUGAUCGUCUUGACGAUGAGAGAAAUAGGCAACCAGAAAAUGGUGAAGCAAGGAGUAUAGAAGAUCGUGAUGCUAUGGGUGAAGGUGGAAAGGAAGGAGAUUUAGAUCCUGACAAGUCGCUGGUAUUUGCAGCCCUGGAAAUUUGCUUAUGCCUAAUAGUCCGACAAAUUCCGGCACUGAGCCCCACUCCUCAUCCCGCCAUUACAGGGGCACCACGCGUAGCAAAUUCAGGUCUAUUAGCUGCUGGUUUUACAGCCUUAGGCGUUUUGCCAGAAUUAUGUUCUCUACAAGGAGCAUUAGCUAUCUUACCAAGUCUUCUUUAUCUUGGUACAGGUGUAUUAAAAGAAGCUCCAUCAGCAUCACCAGGAGCUUUACAACUUUUACGCAAGUUGGCUUCAGAUGAACGUGCAAACGAUGGAGAAUGGCGACAUUUGCUUCAAAGUGCGCUAGCCAAAGUGAUCGAUCUUGCCAAAACUCCUGGGCCUGGCGAAGCUGCUCCACUGCUAGCUAUUGCAGUAUUUGUCCUUCAUGCUCCUUCCGAUGUAGCUGCUGCUCCUAAUUUGCAAUAUCCAUGCAUUAAUCAUUUUAGACAAUGUUUACAAAGUAAUGAUAAUGCAACGAAAUUAAAAUGCAUCAAAACUCUUAAAUCCCUAUUUGCACAUUCUGAUGAAUCAGUGGCUACUCCCUAUAUUCAUUCACUUGCUCCUCAGCUUGUAGAAUUUCUCUAUUCUGAAGAAGCUAAAAAGUUAACGUCAAAUGAAGAAUUUUGUAUUACAAUUGAAACAAUUAAUGCUGUGGAAAGUUUAAUCGCUUUAGCUGAACCUCAAAAGAGAAUUCAGAUGCUUUCUCUUCUUGUGCCAAUUCUGGUGAAUUAUCUAUUGCAAAAUCCCCAUGAUCGAAAUAUGAACAAAUAUUUAUUAUCCUUGCACGAAGUAAGCUUAGAGAAAUUGAUGAAAAUUGGUCCUACAUAUCCGCAGGACUUUAAAAAAUUGAUGAGUACAUCCGCAGAUCUCAGGACUAAACUGGAAAGUGCCAUAAGAUCAAACCAGCAAAAUGGUGUCAAUAUUAAAAACGAAGUUAAUAUUAAUCAACCAAUAUCAAUUCAUAUGCCAACCAUCAAAUUGAAAACUGACUUCAGUAACUUCUCAUAAACAGUUAUUGUUUUGUAGGACAUAACCUAUCUGUUAGAAACCACUAAUAGAACGAUAAUAUGUUUGUUCCAACACGCCCAACACAUGCGCCUAAAGAGAUAUGCCCUUACUAUGUAUACACCGAUCCUUGCUUAGGGUUCCAACUUGUCAUGUACCAUUCGAGAAUUGAUUGCUUCACAGUCAUUUCAAUACUGGGUUGAAAGCAUGUACUUUUUAGAUGAAAUUGCGUAAAUUUAUCAAUUUCUAGCUCAGCUCUGUGAUCUGCCAUUUCUCAUGUUCGUUGUCGAUCAAACAAUCGGCAGUGAGGGUGUUUUGUAGUUUGUGUGACUUCUUACAAAUUCAAAAAGCAAGUAAGGUUAGCUUAGAUUUCAGGAAGAAGAGCGUUUCAUCGGCUCAAACCCCGUUCUAUCGCUUGCCAUGUUAAAGCAUGCGCACAAAAUCGGUUAGAACAGCUCUUCGACGGUUCUUAGUCCUUGGGUGUCUUAGAAAAAUUGGGUGUUGGAACAAACCUAAUAUGGUGACCAACACUAAUUAUCUCUUUAAUAUAUUCAAUCUAAAAAUAAUUGGUCAUGGUGGAUAGUCGGCAGAAAAAAAAAUUAUUAUCAAUUGCAUAAAAUAAUCAAUAUUUACAGCAAAAAGCUAACGAACCGAAGAAUGAUAUUUAAAAAAAAAAUGUAUAUUAUUUCAAAUGUUGAAAAUUUUAGGAAACUGUUAUGCCAAUCUUGAAUAAUUUGGACAAUAUGAGCUGGGUUUGGGAUUGUAUUCUGGCUUUGGAGUGGAUUUUUGUCAGGGGACCAUGGAUUUAAUUUAUCGCAAUUCUAAAGUCAAACGGGUGAUGCAAGUUCUGGAAAAUUUUUUGCCAAUCUUCGAGCAGUAGUAUAGUCACUGAUAACUUAUUAAAACAGUUUUUGAAAAAUUGAUUUAAGCAUAGAAAUACACAAUAUGUCGUUAUCUUAGAAUAAUAAAUGUAUCUACAAAGCAUCGGCGCAAAACAAAAUACACAACAACAGGUUGGGCUUGGGUUCCUAAGUAGUAUUUCAUCCGAUCGCAUAUAGACGGCCCAACGUUGAAUUGCUAGCAAAAAAAUGGACAUUGUUGUCACGUACACCCGCAAAUAAAUAACCUGUUUUUGCUACGAUUUAAAGAUUAUUGUUCCCAAAAAUCAGUACAUGCUCAUAGUUUUCCAUUAUAUCAAAAUUCAAAAUAGACCUUAAUAAUUUGAUUACCAAAAAUGUUACUAAAUAAAUCAACUUUUCAACUAAUUUCAGGAAGUCUCUUACAUUGUUAUAUCUCUGUUGUCCGACUUUAUAAGUUUCAAUGAUCUUUUUCUCCUCCAUUACUAGCAAGAAUUCAGUGUUUUCUUCAAUGCUAACCUCACUCAAAGAUGUGGUAGUAGUUAGAUAUGAAAGUAACCAGAGCUAUAAUCCAUGCUGAUGACUGGUGGACUGAUCACUGAAUGGUCCCAUACAAGUACCAAACGAUGGAAACAAAGGAAACGACCACAGGGCAUGUUGGAUGUUUAGCGACUGAAAGUCGAAGAAAUCAAAACAAACUUCCAGUUCCUACUGAAUGAGAAAUCCUCUGCUGAAUAUCCUGACGAUGUUGAACAGCACUGGUCAACUCUUAAAACAGCUAUGCUGACACCAUACCAAGAAUCAAAGUUAAUGUCAAAACGAGCUUCCUCACAAGGAGACAUCAGGAUUGGUUUGAUGGGAACAAUAAAGAAAUUGAAGGUCAUCUGCCAGAAAAGGAAAGCCUACAAUAUCUGGCAAAACGACCCAAAUUCAGCUUGCAAGAAACAAAUAUACAGUAUCCCCCAUAAUGUUCGCUACAUAUGGGGAAAUUUUUUAUUUAGAACAGUACAAUUCCGAACCUAGCUAUAAUCCAAAUAGUCUAGGAAAAUAGUCGAAAAAUACAUGUAUUGCAAAAAAAAAUGAUAGGGGGAGGGUGGGUGAUCAUAAAACCGAAAAUAGCAAACAUUCACCCCUCUGGCGUUUUGCGCUAUAGGGGUUGAAAGUGCGCCAUUGGCGAUUACUUGGUUUUACAAAAAAAUGUUUCAGAUAAAAGAUGUGCAACAUUAUUUGAUCUACAAUGUUUAUCUAAAGACUUUUUUGAUAAGGGGCCGUCUGUGGUCAUAAGGGCUGUUUGAAAUUUUAUAAUGAAAAUGAAAAAUUUAAACCAACGUGAAAAAUUUUUCUACAACACAUACAACAUUUUUGCUUUAUGAAGUUUUUACUCACCCCCUGCCGUUUUGCAAUAGGGGUAGUUUAAAGUUUAUUUAUUUUUUCACAAAAAAAAAAUUCCUUAUAAAAGUUUUAUAAGAUUACAUUCCCUACAAUUUUUCCCAAUCAACUUUUUUUGUAACUCACCCCCAUUCAGCGGGGGGGACACUUCCUUAGGGAAAUUUUAGUUUUUAGGGGUAUAUAAUAAUUUUUUUUUCUUUUCUCACCUUUAGUGCAUAUGAAAAGGUUCAAUUAACAUUGUAUUAAAAGGAUUUUUUUUUCCACCACCUUUUUGUUUUUAGGGGUAGUUCGCCUAUUUUUAACUUUACAAAAAAGAGUUAUAGAGAAAAGUUGCUCAAAAUAAUAAAAUGAACAAGUUUUCUUAAUAAUUUUUUUCUGUAAAGUUGAAAAUAGGCGUACUACCCCUAAAAACAAAAAGGUGGUGAAAAAAAAAUCCUUUUUAUACAAUGUUAAUUGCAACUUUUUAUAUGCACUAAAGGCGAGAAAAGAAUUUUUUUUUAAAUAUAUACCCCUAAAAACCAAAAUUUCCCCGAGGGAAGUGUCCCCCCGCUGAAUGGGGGUGAGUUACAAAAAAAGUUGAUUAGGAAAAAUUGUAGGAAAUGUCAUCUUAUAAAACUUUUAUUGAGAAAAUUUUUUUGUAAAAAAAUAAAAAAACUUUAAACUACCCCCUAUUGAAAAACGGUAGGGGGUGAGUAAAAACUUCAUGGAGCAAAAAUGCUGUAUGAGUUGUCGAAAAUUUUUUCACGUUGGUUAAAAUUUUUCAUUUUCAUUAUAAAAUUUCAAACGGCCCUUAUGACCACAGACGGCCCCUUAUCAAAAAAGUCUUUAGAUAAACAUGGUAGAUCAAAUAAUGUUUCACAUCUUUUAUUUGAAACAUUUUUUUGUAAAUUCAAUAGGUACCAAGUAAUCGCCAAUGGCGCACUUUCAACCCCUAUAGCGCAAAACGCCAGAGGGGUGAAUGUUUGAUAUUUUCGGUUUUAUGAUCACUCACCCUCCCCCUAUCAUCCCUGAAAAGUUCAUUUGGGUAGGAAUUUUUUUUUUGAAAAUCGACAAUUUUCCUAGACUAAAAACAUUUUUGUUAAAAGGGUCUACCAAUUUCAUUUACAGUUUAAAUGAAUAAUUUUCAAACUACAUAUUACUAACUUUGCCUCAUGGUUGACAUUCAUUUGUCAAUUAUAUUUGUAAUAUUGUAACUACAUCUUGUGAACAUUUUGAAAUAUAUACUAAAGGUUUAGAUUAACCUGUCCAAAUAAUUUUAUUAUUGACAAUUAUGUUAGUAGAACAAUUCCAUGAACAUCAAUUUUCCAGGAAUAUUUUUAUGAUUGUAUUUAGCAAUAAUAAAUAUAUCAUGUGAGAAGUUAGAUUAUGCGUAUAGACUGAGCAAAUUAUGUAAUGUGCUCUUCUUACACAUUUUUUCCUAUUUCAAAAGAAUAUAUUUUUUUGUGAUAUGUUUAAAACGAAUCUGAAAUUAUAUUAAACGAAUUCCUAUUAUGAUUUAUAUAAUCUAUUAACGCCUAAAUGUAAUUCUAUAAUUUAAUUUUUCCUUUGUAAAAUAAAACAUUGAAACGACUAUUUUAUAUUUUUAUUAACAACACCAUAAAAAUAAAUGAAAAAACAAAAUGCAUAUCAAUAAAAUUUCCGUUGGAAUAUUUUGAAUGCCCCAAAAUUAUUACAAUAAAUUAUUAAAUUAAAACAAAUUAAAGGAUGAAUGGCAAAAUAGCUUUCCUGCAUUUAGGAUAAUUUGGGAACUCUUUCUUAUAGUUUCUGUGUUUUCCAAGAGCCCAAAUUGUCAUCUGGUAUACAAGCACCAAAUUCGUAUGUGUAAUUUGGGCAAGACACCAAGUUAUAAAGUUUAGUAAGAGGAUUGCUGCUAGGCACUGGAAUUUUUCUCACUUUGGUACCUGGUGGCCUCAAAUCUCUCAGAAGAAUGUGAAUACUUAAGUUGCCCAGUUCACAGAUCUAAAAUGGAAAUAAAAAAAUUAAUUAAAGUUGCAAAUAUUCGAAAACUAGGAAGGAAAGUGCAUGUACACAAAAGGAAUAAUUCCGCUUCCUUUCUGCUUUUCGUUUUCUUUGAAGUAAAUUGUUGACACCAACCAAACAUGCAUGGGAAAGGGAUAAAAACCUACAAGUAGUAUUUUAUCAUAUUAUUGCUCUGUCUAAGGGUGGGUUUAUACAGGAAAUAAUUAUUCAGGUAUUGAGUUUUGCGUUUUCUUCCAGCUACGUGUGGCGUCGGUGGCCUCAUUCGGAAUUUAGCUCGUCGAAGACUCCAAAAGCAUAAUUUGCUAAUAAUUUGAAAUAAUUUGUUUUGCAUUUUAUUUUCAAUAUUAUACGUUUAAUUAUCAUACAGGUGAAUAAAGUAGGAUCAUAAAUGAAUACAGAUAAUCAAGUCAAUAUGUCUAUGUUGUAAAUUAGUGACAGCCUGAAUAACUUUACGGAUGUUUCAAACUUCUACCUAUCCCAAUUCAAAAAUGCCUCAAAUAUUUUUGAAAAAAAAAAUUGGGAAACACCAAUUCUAAUGACCGAUAAUAUGUUUUCUAGUUACUCACAUGUGAUUUAAAAAUUCAGUAAAUUACAGCUAAAUCUUACCACAAAUAUGGCAAGUCCUAGAAGUUGCAUAAGAACUGGCGGAGGUGUGAACAAGGGAUGAUUAGUAUGAUAAGCAACAUACAAUGCAAAUCCCCAAUAGUAUCCACAAUUCUUGAAGAGGUUUCUUAGGGGCAUAGUGCCGUGCGAAAAGCGGUGGAUAAAUAAAGUCUCAAGUACCCUUUUGAGAUAAUGGAUGCUCCAACAUAUUAGUGCCACACUAGAAACGAAUUUUUAAUAAUUAUUAGAUAAGCGGUUCUUGUACACUAAAGAAAUAAAAGAAGUCACUACAUAUAACUUUUGUGAUCCUUCAACUAUUAAGACCUUCAACAGAUUUUUAAAAAAGUUCAAUGGUGAGUAGCUUCUUCUAGUUCUUCUACAUGUUGGCAAAAUCAUAUUUCCUCUUAAUUUAGCUCAAUAAAUGGAACGCAAUGCAAUACAUAUUUUUUCUUCAUAUUCAUUUAACGGACAACUUCAAAUGCCCAUCCAGGAUUUUAUUAGAUCAAUCACUGAAUUGAAUACCUAACCUCUUUCUGUCAAAAGAAACGGCGUUUUCGUGAGUCUAACAGACAAGCUGGCUUAGUCAAAAAGGCCCAACAAAGCCAAAGAUUGCAAUGAGUUUCGGUUUUUACUCAAGGAGGUGUCCAAAUUUGAUCUCUACAUGCCUCUAGUGCACAACCCAGUGAAGCUCUAUGAAGCUCCUCAAACCAACAGACCACCCUCUAGAGAGAACAAAACGAGACUAAACUUUAUAGAUAUAUUAUUGUUUCCCUUUAUUAUUUUUAUAGCCUAUUCUUGUUUGUUUUGAUCUAUUAUUUAAUACAUAUAAUUUUUUUCUAUUGUAGUUCCAUAUUUAUAAGGAUCUCACCUAGACAGUGCAAUAAAAGGCGCCCUGAAAGUUUGCCCGCCGUGUUUUUUUUUUUUUUUUUUUUUCUCCUAGGAAAAUAAAAAUCCAAUGGUUUUUCUUUCCAUGUAUUAACAUUUCCUAUCUGUGGUUAGCACUUCUUGUCAUGGAAAUGAGAAAUAACACAAAGUAGGGUGGGUAGUAACUGGUAGCUGGUGAUGAUUCCAAUAUUUUUUUUUUUUGCUUUCUCACUUUCUCAUAAUCUUAUUUAUACAGGGAAGCAAUCUACAGUUUAAGUUCAUGUUGCGCACCGCACAACAAUAUCUUACUUCACAGCAAAUACUUGAAAACUCUAAAUAUUAACGACAAUAAAAUAUUUAGGUUAAAAGUACAAACUCACCCUCGGAUUCAGCUAAUAAAAAAAUUGUAUUGUGAGUAGGUAGUAAAUUAACCAGAUUUUCAAAGUGGUGCCAUAGAAUUUGGUGCCACGGAAAUAAGAAUGAUUUGAAAGCUACACAGUUUUCCUCUUCUGAAGUGAAUUCGAAUCCUAGGAGAAUGAGUUUCUUAAAAAAGAAGCCAAGUUGAAGGAAUUCGUAAAGAGAUUUAAGGGUAGCAUGGUGACCAAAAUAACUUAAAAUUACAAGUGCCUUAUUUUGUCUGUCCUUUAGUGUAUUAUCGAGAAAUUUAAACUUACGUUGCAGUGGUGGAUAAAGAUGUUCCUUCAGCAGAGUCCCCAUACAAUAUCCAUGGUCUUAAAGAAGCGAAGCCAUACAAUAGAAAUGGGCCAGCAUAUUCAAGGAUAAACACUGUAUCCCAGCCAAUUUGUGGGCCUAAAUCUUUGACAUAGACUUUUUUGCUAAUCCCCAAUGAAGGUAUUGUGAGAUCAUCUCUAAUAUCUUUGCCCUUGAGUUCAGCCCUGAUUGAUUGUCUAUCAACAUGAAGUUUAGGAGAAAUUGCAGCAAUUUGCUUUUUAAUAUCUUUUACUUUUUGAUUGUCCUCCACUGUAAGCUCUCCAAUCUUCCUGUUGGAAGUCGUAAAUACUUCUA